UAUUUUGUACUCGUGGAGGCCCUAGGCCUAUGUUGAUUAAAACAAAACUGCGUGUAGGAGUUUUGACCACAAAUGUUAUCAUUGUCGUCUAUGGGAUUUGAUAUGAUGGUAUACAUACACCUUAAACAAACAUUCCUUUCUUUUAAGAUCUGUAAAGAGGAUAUUGGCAAACGCGCGCCUCUACUGAAACCGUUCCAGACGGCAGCCAAGUGUAUGCGGUGUAGAUCGAGGUUCAGCAGCACUAUGAAGAAAUACAACUGCAAGGGGUGCGGAUUCGUGAUCUGUGGGAAGUGUUCGCGACGCACCAAGCUGGAGUACAGGAACAUGAAGCCGGAAUGCGUCUGUUACGAAUGUUACAUGCUGCUCCACACCGACUCCAGUUCGGAAAACUCCGACAUCAACGAAGACGAUUGAUAGAUCUACAUGUAUGAUCGGGAAAGAAAAACAAAAAAGAGUUUCCAUUAGAGGGAGAUAACUCUCUUAACUGCUCAUACUCUAACAAUGCUUCAUAUUAUUUGACAAUGUGAUAAGGUGUGAAUUUGUUUUCAAAAUAGGUUUCUUUUUUGUGGGUAGCGUUACAAAAAUUGUACGUAGAGGAAAUGUUUUCUGUAAAACAUGCUAGAUUUGCUGGAUGUAAUUGUUGAAAAGCUCUCCCCCCCCCCCCACUUUUUUUUUUCUUUUUUUCUUUUUGUUUGCUUAUUUUAAAUGU